AAAAGUGUGGCAAUUAGAAUUUUGGUGUGGCAAAGAGAAUAAUAUUUUUGAAGGUGUGGCAAUGGAGAAUACUAUCCCUCUAUCUCUCCCAAAUCCCUAAAACAGGAAGCACAUCGUAAAGCGGCGGCUUAGGGUUAUUUGCCUCUUCACCAUGGACGCGUACGACAUCCUGAGAUCCGAGAGGUUAGAGUUCGAGAGUGAGGCUGCUGAGAAAGCCUUUGCCGACAGGAUCAGUGGCAAGCCCCGAGCUUUGAUUUCUGUGACGGGAUACAACCCUAAUCUGCCUGAGGAUGAUAUCAAGAAGGAACUGAUUGAACUCUUCAGUUCAUGUGGCGACGUUACAAGGGUUAUUGUUCCCAAAGACCCUGAUCAUAGCCCUAAUCUCGACAGACGUGCUUUAGUUAUUCUUUUCGGAGAUGGGGCAGAAGAGAAGGCCUUGCAACUUAAUGGAACUGACGUUGGAGGAUGGAAUGCUCUUGUUAAGGUUGAAUCGGAUGAAGAAGAUGAGGAGGCAGCACGCUAUAGAUCCUCUCUGAUUAACGAACUAAUGAAUGACCCAAAAUUUUGGUAUGGCGUUUCGGUUAGGGGAUAUGACACUUCCCUCCCUGUAGACCAAGUCGAGAGGGCUUUGAAGGAACAUUUCUCUGAUUGUGGGGAGAUAACUCAUGUUUUUGUCGAUACUCUCGACAAGCUGACUAAUGUCUAUUUUUCCCUACAAGAAGGAGAAGCUAGGGCGCUGGCUCGUGAUGGAAUUAGAAUGGGAGAAUUCGAAUUAGAUAUUUCUGGCGUACCUUCAGUCCUAAGUAACCGUCCCAAUCCCUUUGGCAACGGUGAAAUUGAAAUUGGUUUGGGCUAUACUGUCCCAGCUCAUAUGAUUGAGUUUGCCAACAAGGACGACGACGAGAUCGAGAACAAGGUCAUUGCUUUCAAGAAGCAGAGGAGGCUUAUCUAGAAAUUUCUCUUUCUCUCAAGAAGCUCUAUCUUUGGUGUUUAAUAAUAAUAAAUCGUGUGAAUGAUAAUACAAUGCAACCUUGGGGCUUUCUUACUUACGUUUAAUCUCAAAGCUCACAUUAUGUAUGUACGAUGAGCCAUUUGUGCUUUCUUACUUUAUGUUUAAUCUCAAAGCUCAACUAA